UAAAAACACUGGUGGGAGGAGUCUCCACACUGCUUCCUACUCCAUUUUCUCUGGGGCAGUAGCAGAGUAGGAGCAAGCCAGCACUAGUAAGCUAACUAAGUGACUCAACCACGGCCUUUUUUCCUUGUUAUCUUUGCAGACACUUCAUUUUCUUAGCAUUUCUGGAGAUUACAACAUACUGCGGUUCCGUUUCUGGGAACUUUACUGAUUUAUCUCCUCCCUCACACAAAAUAAGCAUUGAUUCCUGCAUUUCUGAAGAUCUCAAGAUCUGGACUACUGUUGAAAAGACUUCCAGUGAGGCUCACUUAUGUCUGUAAAGAUGGAAAAAAAAUACAAGAACAUCGUUCUACUAAAAGGAUUAGAGGUCAUCAAUGAUUAUCAUUUUAGAACGGUUAAGUCUUUACUGAGCAGCGAUUUAAAACUUAAUUCUAAAAUGAGAGAAGAGUAUGACAAAAUUCAGAUUGCUGACUUGAUGGAAGAAAAGUUCCGAGGUGAUGCUGGUUUGGGCAAACUAAUACAAAUUUUCAAAAAUAUACCAGCCCUUGAAAACCUGGCUGAAACUCUUAAAAAAGAAAAGUUAAAAGCAAAAGGAUCAGCCGCAUCAAGAAAGACGAAGAAGGCAGUGGAUGCUGCUUCACCUGCACCCUCCACAAGCAGCACUGUCAAAACUGAAGGAGCAGAGGCAACUCCUGGAGCUCAGAAAAGAAAAAAACCAACCAAAGAAAAGGCUGGACCCAAAAGGAGUAAAGUGUCCGAGGAGCAGACUCAGCCUCCCUGUCCUGCAGGAGCCGGCAUGUCCACAGCCAUGGGCCAUUCCCCAUCUCCCGAGACCUCAUCGUCAGCUCCACCCAACACUUCCUUAACUGAGAACCCGACAACAGUGGCCAGAAGAAGUGUUCUCCAAAAAGGUCCAUUGAUAGUGAAGGUACUGAGUACAACAAAGCCAUUUGAAUAUGAGACCCCAGAAAUGGAGAAAAAAAUAAUGUUUCAUGCUACAGUGGCUACACAGACACAGUUCUUCCAUGUGAAGGUUUUAAACACCAGCUUGAAGGAGAAAUUCAAUGGAAAGAAAAUGAUCAUGAUAUCAGAUUAUUUGGAAUAUGAUAGUCUCCUAGAGGUCAACGAAAAAUCUACUGUAUCUGAAGCUGGUCCUGAUCAAACGUUUGAGGUUCCAAAUAGAAUCAUCAGCAGAGCAAAGGAAACUCUGAGGAUUGAUAUUCUUCACAAACAAGCUUCAGGAAAUAUUGUAUAUGGGGUAUUUAUGCUACAUAAGAAAACAGUAAAUCAGAAGACCACAAUCUAUGAAAUUCAGGAUGAUAGAGGAAAAAUGGAUGUAGUGGGGACAGGACAAUGUCACAAUAUCCCCUGUGAAGAAGGAGAUAAGCUCCAACUUUUCUGCUUUCGACUUAGAAAAAAGAACCAUAUGUCAAAACUGAUUUCAGAAAUGCAUAGUUUUAUCCAGAUAAAGAAAAAAACAAACCCGAGAAACAAUGACCCCAAGAGCAUGAAGCAACCCCAGGAAGAGAGUCAGCUUCCAAAUCCUUCAGACACCAGCACAACCUCCUCUGAGAGCCAUCUUUGGACGCCUCAGAUGCCACCAACAACUCCAUCCAGCAGUUUCUUCACCAAGAAAAGUGAAGACACAAUCACCAAAAUGAAUGACGUCAUGAGGAUGCAGAUACUGAAGGAAGAGAGUCAUUUUCCAGGAUCGUUCAGGACCAGCAUAGGCCCAGCUGAGAGCUAUCCCCACACUCCCCAGAUGCCUCCAUCAACACCAAGCAGCAGUUUGUUAACCACGUUGAAACCAAGACUGAAGACUGAACCUGAAGAAGUUUCCAUAGAAGACAGUGCCCAGAGUGACUUCAAAAAAGUGAUGGUGCUGAACGUAACAGAAUCAUUUGUAUAUAAGCCCGAAGAGCAGAAGAAAAUGUUUCAUGCCACAGUGGCAACUGAGAAUGAAGUCUUCCGAGUGAAGGUUUUUAAUACUGACCUAAAGGAGAAGUUCACCCCAAAGAAGAUCAUUGCCAUAUCAAAUUAUGUUUGCCGCGAUGGGUUCCUGGAGGUAUAUCCUUCCACACUUGUGGCUGAUGUGAAUGCUGACCGAAAGAUGGAGAUCCCACAAAGAUUGAUUAGAAGUGCCAAUACAACUCCUAAAAUCAAUCAGCUUUGCUCACAAACUAAAGGAAGUUUUGUGAAUGGGGUGUUUGAGGUACAUAAGAAAAAUGUAAGGGGUGAAUUCACUUAUUAUGAAAUACAAGAUAAUACAGGGAAGAUGGAAGUGGUGGUGUAUGGACGACUGACCACAAUCAACUGUGAGGAAGGAGAUAAAUUGAAACUCACCUGCUUUGAAUUGGCACCGAAGAGUGGGAAUACCGGGGAGUUAAGAUCUGUAACUCAUAGUCACAUCAAGGUUGGAACUUUAUGGGAAUAUCAUUUUUCCAAAGUGGCAAAUCGUUUUGUUUAUACUUUAAGACGACUAGACUGCUACUAUUACAGAGAGUCUAGCAAGUGGAAAAGGAACAAAGCCUUGCACUUUACUGGGUGUAAACUUCCCAUCAUUGUUUUUAAAGAAGGAUACUUGUAUUCAUGAUAAAAAACAUUAGAGACUUUCAAAGGCUAUGAUACCUAAGUUAAAUAAGAAAGAAUUGGUUGCUUUUACCACAGUGUGGAGAUAAUUUAAUAAGAAUUUGGGUUUGGUUAAGGCACAUUUGUUUCAGCUGCUGGCUCUGUGAUUUUCUAGUUGAUUAAAGACUUACACUAGGAACCUCAGGUUCAUCAUUUGUGAAAUGGGAGAAAUAUUGUCUACUAUAGAGGGUCAUCAACUUAGCUCACAGCAGCCCUAAAUUACCAAGAAUGCAUCUGAGCAAAUCAGAUCACAAAGGUACCUGCCUUUAGUGAGAUGCAUACACUGGUUUACAUCAGACGGAGGUAGCUGGGUCUACAGAACAAAGUCCAUGCUUUUUGGAACACUAACAAAGGCUAAUAUUGGAAGGCAAACAGUUCAAAACAAAGGCUGACAUAUUCAGGCACACACAUGCUCUCAGAUUGCUCCAGUUCUUGGGACCAUCAGUCAAACAUUCCAAGCCUUCUUUGAUAGCAGUUGCACCAGGAAUACCUUUUGUACUCUCCUCCUUCCUUUCUGCCCAAUGAAAACCUUCUCCUCAACUCUUGUCAUUGGGUGCACCAGCUCCUUUCUCUCUCCUGUUGUUCCCUGACAUCUCCUGCUCUUUCACUUGCACUCAUGCUAAGUAGGAGUGAAUAUCUCACUUCACGGUCCAAAUUAAACAGAGAGGCAUGACUCAAAGGUCAAGAAUUUAUUAAAGGAGAUAGAUGAGAGUGAGAAAAGAAUCAUUUAGAAAGGAAUAGGGGAAGAGAUACGGUGCAUGGGGAGGAGAUACAGUGUGAUUGAAGGGAGAAAUGUGGGAUCACCAGCAUCUCAACUGGUCUUUCUCUCUUUCUCCUUCAAGGUCAUCAAGACCAGGAAAAACAAGAAAGACACACUCAAUCCUGAUUCAAGUAUGGAAACUUCAGCAGACUUUUUCUUCUAAAAUCUGGAUGUCAUUGACGAUAAUGUUUAUGGAGAUAAGGUCUAAGUGCCUAAAAAAUGUACAUAUACCUGGUUGAAAUACAACACUAUACAUACACACCACCACAUAUACCAGCUGUUAAUCCUAUGGAAUGGGGUAUUGGGAGUGCUUUUUUAAUUCUUUAUUGUUUUUUUUUUUUAUAAAAUGGCAUAUUUUGCAUCUACAACUUCUAUAAUUUGAAAAAAAUAAAUAAACAUUAUCUUUUUUGUGAAAGGAA